GAUAGCACGAGGCAUGUGUUGAGUAUAUAAAUAUGCAUCGAGGCAGCCGCUGAUUAUCACAAUUCUCAUCAAAUAUUAACUACCAAACAAGAAAAGAAGAGUGAGAACAGAGAAAGAGAAGAUCAAUCAUGUCUGCCACUCCAGAAUGGGUCAUGGUUGGAGGAGAAGGUCCUGAGAGUUACAACCAGAAUUCAUACUAUCAGAGAGCGUUGUUGGAAGCCGCAAAAGAAAAGAUGAACGAGGCAAUCUCAUCAAAACUCAGCCUUGACAUGAUCUCUGAUCGCUUCAGUGUAGCGGAUUUCGGUUGUGCGACUGGACCAAACACUUUUGUGGCCGUCCAAAACAUAAUAGAUGCUGUAGAAGACAAGUACCGUAAAGAAACCGGACAAAACCCGGCAGAUAACAUCGAGUUUCAAGUCCUCUUCAACGACUUUACCACCAACGAUUUCAACACUCUCUUCCAGUCACUUCCUCAGGGCAGGCGAUACUAUAGCGCCGGGGUUCCUGGUUCUUUCUUCGAACGUGUUCUUCCUAAGCAGAGUUUCCACAUUGGAGUUAUCAAUUACGCGUUUCAUUUCACCUCCAAAAUCCCCAAAGGGAUCACUGACCGGGACUCUCCCUCGUGGAACAGAGACAUGCACUGCACUGGCUUCAACGAAGCGGUCAAGAAAGCUUAUCUUGAUCAGUACUCGGCUGACACCAAGAAUCUACUAGACGCUAGAGCUGAAGAGCUUGUCCCCGGGGGAUUGAUGUUGCUUUUUGGGUCGUGUCUAAGAGACGGAGUUAAGAUGUCCGAGACCGCUAAAGGAAUUGUGUUGGAUAUUGUCGGAGAUUCUCUUAACGAUCUUGCUCAACAGGGUGUCAUUGAGCAAGACAAGGUGGAUUCUUUCAGCACACCACUCUACUUUGCAGAAGAAGGAGAGAUAAGGCAAAUCAUAAAGGAGAACGGGAAGUUCACAAUCGAGGCUUUCGAGGAUAUUGUUCACUCCAAGGGAGAGUUUACGAUUGACCCCAAGAUCUUGGCCGUCUCUUGCAGGGCCUCCUUUGGAUCUUUCUUAUCAGCACAUUUUGGAGGAGAAGUUAUUACAAAAGCCUUUGAGCUCAUAGAGGCCAAGGCACGCCAAGAACUUCCUCGUUUCCACAAUGCCAAACCCGGAAUGCAGUACCUCAUCGUGCUUCGCAAGAAUUGAUGAUGCAAACAUAUUAUUAUGAUCUCUCAAUGUUAAUUUGUGGCUCCAUUGUUGUUUCUCUUCUCCAAAUUGCCUCAUGGUAUUUUGUCUUCAUAUUCUUCUUCGUUGAUGUGUUAGCGUAUUUGUAUUGUUUCCAAUCCCACAAAUUAAUAAAUGUCUGUUUACAAUUUA